GCACACUCUCACACAAUCAGUAGCACGACGUCGACUGACCAUGUCGCACGAGUCUUCACACGACGGAAUCGAAGCAUAGUCUAAAUCGUAAUACGGAAUUUUCGAGUGACCUUUAAUAUUAUUUGAUCGAUCCAUCGAACUCGGCUGAUCUUUAAAUCUUACAUAAAUAUAAGUGGUCUUGAACUCCAUUUCGAUUUCGUAAAUGAAUGAUCGAUACGUCGAAAAUUUAUUAACUAAAAUGGCGGUGCAAAUGACCAAGUGAAUCAAUUAAAUCGAUAAUAAAAAGGAAGAGAGAUGUACGUUUCAUAUAAUAUCAAAGAGAAGAUUCAUCUCACACGUUUGCGCAUUGCCGAAGAGAACAGAUAUUAAGAACAAAAAGUGGAAGAAGAAGGAAGAAAGAAAAAAAAAAGAAGACCUAGCCACGUGACUUUUUCGUUCACAGACAAUCUCACGAGUGAUCUUGAGAGAUAGACUACUAAGCGGCUCUUCGAAGGUACUUCUUUGCACUCGAGACUCGAGUACUCUCGAUCCGGAUAGUUAAAAUCGACCUCGUGGUAUUCUUCACGAAGACAACAAGUUCGUGAGUGAAACGGACGUCACCACGACAUUUCAAGAUGACUAUCGAAGCGUCUUCGAUGAUAGUCGACUAUCUGAUCUUUAUUGCUUUUAUCGUUAUAUCCUUCGUCCUACCAUUGUGGGGAAAAUUUCGACGAAAAACGAAAGAGACCAAGGCAGAUUAUGUCUUCGCUGCUGGACAUAUUUCCAUGGGUGCAAUGAUGUUAUCCAUUGCUAGAGGUACAUUAGGUGUUAGGAGUUUCCUCGGUUAUCCUUCCGAACUUUACUAUAGAGGCAACGCCAUGUGGGAGACACUAUAUGGCAUGCUCUUGGCAUACCCCAUCGUUUGCUAUAUCUUCGUGCCGAUUUACUACGAUCUUGGGAUCACUUCAGUUUAUCAAUACUUGGACAUGAGAUUCAAAUCGAAGCUGGUAAGAUGCAUUGCAAGCUUUUCUUACGUGAUACGAAGUUUGUUGAAUUUAGCAGUCACAGUUUUCACACCGUGCGUUGCUUUAAAAGCUGUUAUCGGUUUACCUUACUGGGCCAGCAUAAUUGGUAUCGUCACGAUAUCGGUAAUUUUUACGUUAAUGGGAGGUUUGAAAGCUGCCAUUUUAUCAGACGUUAUACAGGGACUCAUGAUGAUAGGAAUAUCGAUAGUUUUAAUCGUUCAAGGUACCAUAGAAGUACCAGGUGGGGUUAAACAAGUCCUUAAUGUCACUAUCGAACGUGGUCGUUGGGAAUUCUACAACUUUGACAUGGAUCCUACGCUACGUGUAACGACAGUAUCAGCAGUGCUCGGUCAGCUUUUCAUGAGUCUAUCUAUUUUCGGAUGUCAACAGAAUUUCGUUCAGAGGUACUGCAGUAUGAAAAGCAAGAGAGAAGUUGUGAAGACUAUGAUGGCAAACAUACCGACCAUUGCUGUUCUCUUCUCGCUUUCCUGGGUGGUGGGAAUGGUGAUCUUUGCCAACUACGCCGACUGCGAUCCUUUCAGUUUAGGUUAUAUCUCCAAGUUUGAUGAGAUUGUGCCGUUCUUCAUACAAGACAAAUUCCUUAACAUGCCAGGUCUAUUAGGUUUGGUAAUGGCGACUCUCUUCAACAGUGCUCUAACAAUAGCUGUCUCAAACUUGAAUUCUCUGGCAACGGUAACGUUCGAGGACUUUCUAAGUCAAAUUCCAGCACUGAGUAAUCUCAAAGAUACAAUGCAGCUACGAAUGAUCAAGAUAAUGUCCGUCUUCUAUGGAGUACUAAUAAUCGGUAUCAGUUUCGUCGUAGCUAUGCUAUCCGGAGUGAUAGAAUCGUCGAUGCUAAUGACAUCAGCUACUUCCGGCCCUCUAUUAGGCGUUUUCAUUCUAGCAAUGCUCAUACCGUGUGCUAAUUGGAAAGGUGCAGCCGCAGGAAUGAUCUUCAGUCAUUGUACAACACUUUGGUUGACCUUUGGACAUCUCACUGUGGAAACGAAAGAUGAUAUAUUAUCCUUGUCAACGGAAGGCUGCCAGAAUGAUACAUUCUCAUCUUGGAUAACAAAACCAAGCAAUAUGUUAAAUUCCGUAUCAAACGUAUCAGCAAUUGUCAACAAUCAUAAUAUCGAACCAUUGAGUCUGUUAAACAAAGAAACCUCCGAAAAUCCAUUAAUCUUUAUUUAUGGGAUUACUUAUAUGUAUUACGCUCUGAUUGGCAGCGUAUCAACGGUUGUAAUCGGAAUAAUAGUCAGUCUAUUCACGGCUAAUCCCAAAGAAGACACUUACGAACUACACUUGCUCCAUCCUAUAGCGUACAAAUUGUCGAAGUUCUUCCCGGGUAAAGAGAGACUCUAUGCAAGUAGUACACGUCUCGACAAUGGAAGCAACGCAAUGAAUGCUACUUCUUCCUGCUCUAUUACAUCGAUUUCAACUGGAAACGAGAAGACAACUACAGUUCAUGGAAUGCUAGAUAGUGACGGAAAACUUCACUUUGAACACGAUUAUAUCCAAAAACUAAGCGCUCUGAAGGGUGUAAACUCGUUGGAGGUUACGAAUGAAAUUUUCAAGGGAACGAGACUAUGAGAAUGCUCA